AUGGCGGGCAUCGACCAAAAGCUGCAGCACGUCUCCGUGGAGGGGUACUUUCGGGCCGAGUGGACCGACCCCCGGCUGGCGCAAGACGACCCCUGCUCCUUGGGAGACAUAUACUUCGAUAACUCGCUGAAUGAAUGGUACGGAGCGGGCUCCCUCUUCCUGUAUCCAGACGGGAGUGUCUACCGGUCAGUGCGCUACAACCAUGUGCUGCGCUGCCCUAUGCACUUUGGGCGCCUUCCCUUCGACGAGCAGCAAUGCUUCGUCAUGAUGGCGUCCUACUCUGCCGACGUCGCGAACAUUAACACCAGUGCGUUCACCAACGGCGCAAUCAUCAUUCCUGAUGGGUACGAUGGCACCACCGAGUGGGAGCUGGCCAAAGUAUUCGGGGAAGUUACAACCGAAUGGUUUGGCGUUGGCGCAAAUCGUCGAGGCUACAGGUACGUCUGGAUCUAUCUAGAUCUCAAGCGACGACAUAGUGCCUAUCUGCUAUUCAUCUUCUCCACCUGCAUUUUGUUUUCCCUCGUCGCGUGGGCUGGGCUCUUCAUCAACCGGACUAUUGCGCCUGCUCGGGUCACCAUUGCCGUGAUCCCCGUGCUCAUCAUGCUUAAUCUGCAGAAUAGUGUCACGACAAUGCUGCCGCCCUUGAACUACCUGACGUGGUUGACGAGCUUCCUGUUUUUGAUGACCAUGUUCAGCCUGUCCGUCGUCUUCGAGUACGGCCUGGUGUCCUUCUUAAUGCAUGUCGAGGCAGCGAGAGAUCGACAGUUCGAAGCCUUCAAGACCGUGGCUUCUGCAAUGAAGAAGAAAGCCGAUGAUGAGGAUGCGGCUGUGCAAGAACAUGAGUUCCACAACCACGAGCCUUGCAAGACGCCGUUGGUCUUUCCUUCGCGAGACAAGUCUGAGGCCCUGCGGGGUACGGCGGGUGGCCGGCCGGCAGAAGCUACAGAGCUGCGAUCGAGGAGGAGCCAGGCAUUCGCAGACACGGACCUCGAUCCGGCCCAAAAGCUCGCCAAGCAGAUCGCUCAAGUCUACGCCAUGUUCGACCGCGACCACUCCGGAGACCUCGGGCUCCGAGAAGUUCAGCUGGGCUUUCGAAAGCUCGGGCAGUACUUCUCCAUGGAUCAAGUCCGUGAGAUCUUCCAUCGCCUGGACGUUCAUGAGGACAUGCUGGUGGCCAAGGAUUUCCAGCGGCUGCUGCUGAAUGUGCACGCGUACAUGCCGGGCAAGGCUUGGACCAUCAGCUUUUGGGAGCUGCAGCCCUCUCUCCAGGUCGACAUCGCCUUUCGCUACAUCUAUUUUGCCGGUGUGGUCACCGCAGUCGUCGUAUGGCUCGCGCAUUGGUGA